GAACACUUUGAACCGCAGCUUUAUUCUUGUAUUCAAGUUAUUCACGACCCUUGACGGUCAGAGUACUCAUUCAUGUCUGAAAUACAACUCCCCGGCGACUAUGGCACGGAGCCACCGUUGCCAUACAUGGAGAAGGUGCCCGACCACCUUCGUCCAGCAACCACCCGUCUCCAGUUCCCGCCUUCCUAUGUGGUCGUGGGUGUUUACCGACUCUUCACCGACAAGACUCUCUAUGUUCCCGCAUGGAAGAAGUGCUCACAUGGGUUCAUGAGGGGGGCUGGUUUCGGGUUGGUUUGGGCCGUAACGACGUUCAAGAUGCAGAGGUGGUUCGUUGAACUGUUCUUGAUUAAAUCUCCUCGAGUGACAGGUUUGUCUCGAGACGCAGUCUUCGGAAUUCACGUCCCUUUCGACCUACCCACUUUCGCAACCAUCGUCUUCCUCUCCUCCCAGCUAACCGCCAUCCUCACCUUCUUCCUUUCCCGUAAUAUUCGUGUCGCGCGAGACCGUGUGUAUGAUCAAACUAUCGCCUCUCGCGGUAAAGGACCGGACUUUUGGAAGCCAUAUGUCGAAGAAUGGGACCAACCGCCCAAGCCGAAGAAGAGUUCAGGACUGAGCGUGUUUGCAAGUAGUUUCGUAGGAAGGAUGUUGAUUACAUUGGCUUUGGCUCCAUUACACCUCGUACCCGUGGUCGGUAUUGUCAUUUCGGCUUACUUACGAGCACUUGGGACUGCUCGUCAUUUGCACAAACAAUACUUUAAAGCCAAAGGCAUGACAGACGAACAAAUUUCGGUGUUCAUCGAGGAGCGCAAGUGGGACUACCGAGCGUUUGGUUUCGCUGCCUCUUUGCUCGAGGGCUUGCCUUUCAUUGGGCUCGUUUUCACAAUCUCGAAUCGAAUCGGAGCUGCGAUGUGGGCGCAUGACUUGGAAAAGAGACAGCACUACGUUGCUGAGCAGAAAGCGAUUGCGAAAUGAGGUGACCCAUUCAUUCGACUCUUGUUAGCAUACCCAUUGGAUCCCUGGCUCCUUUACACGGACAAUGCAUUUGAUUGAUGACUGUACUGUAUUCACCGGCUUUCACUUCGUGGCCGGCAUGGAAACGAGGUGAGAAGUCAUCUGCCUUAGAACGUAGAUUCUCCUAAUACAACGCAGUGCAGGGCUUUUGUCGGAUCUGUUGGUCAUCUGUCAACGCCCUAAACUAUGUUCCGACUGCGAAAUGAGCAGGGUUAUAGCUUGUAUGGGCUCUCCAUUUACGCACCGCUGCUUACCUGUCUGGUGACCUUGCACUCCAUACCUUUAAACGCGACUUCCAUACCGUCCGAAAUACCACGCAUCCAGGUAUGGUAGUUACUUUUCGAACGCGCUCGGAAUUCCGAUGUUAUCACUUGUGACAAUUCUUGAAACGUAUAGAAAACC